CAAGCACAUGGGAGGUAGUUCUGAAUAUCGCAAGGAAUUUGAGCAUGCAAGCUAAACACUGAAAGAAACAGGGACGAUGUUAACAGUACCAUUCGAAGAUCCAGACAUGAUGCGCGAAUCUCAGUUCGGUGCAAGAUUCCCGCGCCAAGAAGACGUUCGCGCGCUCAAUAACGCCUCCAACAUGGAGCUCAAGGAGGCUGAGGACGACAGCACGGACAGGGAAGAAGAAGAAGAAGAAGAAGAAAGAGAGGAUGACCGGGACGAGAACGGUCUCCUUAAGAAGAAAGGCCCGCGAAAAAAGAAGUUUCCCGAAGGACGCGUCGAGCGCGUGAAAGUGCGACGCCAAGAAGCGAACGCGCGCGAGCGCAGCCGCAUGCACGGGCUGAACGACGCGCUAGAGAGUCUGCGCAAGGUCGUGCCCUGCUACUCCAAAACGCAAAAACUCUCCAAGAUCGAGACUUUGAGGCUGGCCAAGAAUUACAUCUGGGCUCUAUCUGAGACUCUGAGUGCGGGCAAGAGACCCGACCUGCUCGCCUUUGUGCAGACCCUGUGCAAGGGACUAUCGCAGCCCACCACCAACUUGGUUGCGGGCUGCCUGCAGUUGAACGCCAGAAAUUUCCUCACCGAUCAAAAUGGGGAAGUGUCGUUCUCUGGCAGGCCUCCAUAUGAUGCUCUGUAUCCAUACCCGAACGCUGAGAUGGGCACGCCCACCGGCCUCAGCUCUGGUACCAGGGACAGCGCCAAACCGUUCCGGCCAUAUAACUAUUACGCGUCCUACGAGUCCUAUUACGACAGUGCCUCUCCGGAGGGCGGUAGUCCCCAUUUUGACGGCCAAAUAAGCCCCCCGAUCAAUUAUAAUGGAAUUUUCUCCCUUAAAAAACACGAGGACCAAGUAGAGUACAGUAAGAACUGCCAUUAUGGAAUGAGAUACUGUAACGUGCCUGGUCGGGGCUCCAUGUACCGCGUUUCCCCAGACAGUCAUUUCCCUUAUGACUUGCAUCCCCGCAGCCAAUCGUUGCAGAGCCAGGACGAAUUAAAUACGGGUUUCCAUAAUUAAAAGCAAGCGUAUAGGGGUUGGACGCCAGUUACACUAAUCUGCCAAUUAAUUAGUGCUUGUUGCAGAAAAGGCAGUCUUUUUUGCAUUUAAAUGUUUUGAUUUCAUUAUAUGGUAUUUGAAAAUAACGUAAAAUUGUAUUUCAGAUUGCAUUGAAGCAGGCUGUGGUAGGCCUGUAGCUAUUACAAUCAAUAGAGAGAGAGAGAGAGAGAGAGAGAGAGAGAGAGAGAGAGAGAAAAGAGGAUGGACACGAUAUUUGAAGGCCUUUAAAACAGGCUUUAAUGGAUUUAUUAGUGUGUUAAAUUACCACGCGGUAUUAAAACACAAAAUCAUUCGAUUCAUUAUGGCAAUAAUGGAACUAUGCAACAGAGAAUGACAUCCGUGUACUUACAAAUUGCAGUUUUGAAGACGUGUAACUAGUCUUAUUGUGUGACUUUUCAUUUAUUCGUUAGCCAGUUUUGUCUUUGAAGUGAUACUCCCAAAUCUGAUUGGUUGCAAACAUCCGCAUAAAAAAAAAUGCCAAUAGAAAAAAAGAAAAAAAUAUUGUGAUUUCGUUGUUCUUUUUUGUUUGUAUAAUUAUCUGAUGAACAUCGGGUCUUGUAAAUGCGAAUGUAUAAAGGUGAACUUGAAGAGGUCACUUC